AUGAUCAGAUUGCCUUCGCAAAUAUCAAACGCUGCUAGAAGUGAUAAUGAACUCGUUGUUGCUUUGAGAGAUAAUUCAAUUAUUUGUUAUGAUACAAGACAACCAACAAAUGAGUACACAGUAAUCAAGCAGCCAUCAGGAGGAAGGCAGAUCAUACGCGUAGGAUAUCACAAAGGCGAUUUAUACUACGCAAGCGAAGGAGGACCAUGCGUUUUCGUUAAAAACGGAAGAGUUAUCGAUGUUUGGUCGAGAGCAAGUGAUAUGAUGUUACAUCCAACGCUAAAUUUAGGUGUUGUCGUUGGAGGAGAAAUCAACUUAGUUGAUUCGAGUGGAAAGAAGAUUGGAGCAAUGUCUGGAAGCCAGAGAGGUUGUAAAUGCUGUUUCGAUGGUGAAAGACCUCUUGCUGCUAUUGGUAAUGUUGAUGGAACUGUUUCAAUCUGGAGAUUACCAAAUAAUAUUAAUUGUUUAUAG